AUGGCAUCUCAUUCUUCAACAGAAGCCAAUGGAGCCUUUCUACCACCGCCAGUUCAAUCUUCUCCAGGCCCUAGGCCUGCAGCUACAACUUCACUUCUCCCCGAGCAGAGAACUUAUCCACUUCGGCCAGGUUCGAUGAAAGAAACUGCAGUAAUCAAUCAUAUUGACGAGAGCAUUCUUUCUAUCAACCGCCGGCAUGCUAAGAAAUUCAGCAGCUCAUAUUAUGUGGUGGAUCAACCAGCGUCAGAAAGGGGUUAUGAGGGCUUCGAUGAAGUCGCUAAAGACAUUGAAACAAUCAUUGACCUUCUUUGGGUUACCGGAACACCAUCUCUCCAAAUCCCAUAUCUCAUUUCCCUGGCAGUGAUGGUAAAUUCAUAUAUUCCCGAUUUCCCAUUUUCCCCCAAACAAACGUUCAGUUUGCUCAAGAAGCUGGACUUUGUGUUUGCAUCUUUGCUGCUUGGACAUGAUGCGGAAACUGGAGCCCCGCUGUCUGGCUUUGAUACUAGACAUAAUAUCGUCUCGAUGACAGAGAAGGUCCGUAUUAAGAGUAUUGCAGAGUCAUGUCGUGUUACUGUUGUGGAAGCGCUGGAACGGGAAGAUGAUCCCGAUGGAGACAAGGACGAGGACGAUGAUGAUGAUGGAGAUGAAAUGACUGAUGAUGAUAACUAUCCCUCGAGGGAUUUGGACGAGGGUCCGAGCCAAUGGCAAAUGGAAGCAGCCAGGGUAUAUGAAAGAACAAUUCAGCUGCUAGGAGAUGAGCUGGGACGGCAGGGGGAGGUGUGCGGCAGUAGCAUCCCUUCUGGGCCGGCGUAA